AUGACGUUAAGCAAUGAUGUCGUCGUUCUUCCAGCACCAGCCGACGACCAAACCUAUGUUACUAUAUCAGCCCUCGAAGGAGGCCAGCUUACGCUUCCCGAAAGACUCUUCGUCACAGAUGCCGACCCGGAGAGACGCGCAACAGUCCCUUCUCUCUCCUUUCUCAUCCGACAUGGUUCAUCCAAUCUCGUCUUUGAUCUCGGACUCAAACGCGAUUUUGGUGGCUACCGAGAAGCACAACAGCACCAUAUUGCUCAACGUCAGCCCACCAGUGUUAUCCCAGAUGCGGCCGAGAGUCUACGGAGGGGCGGUGUAGAUCCAAAAGAUGUGGAUACCGUAAUGCUAAGUCAUGUGCAUUGGGAUCAUGUUGGUACACCGAGUGAUUUUACCAAAGCGCGGUUCAUAGUCGGAAGUGGAACUAUGCAUCUUCUUGCGAAUGGAGGCGGGCCGCUGUACCCAGCUGAAAUAUUUAAUCCAGAUGAAUUACCUGCUGAUCGGACAAGCGAGUUACCUCCUGUUCGUGAGGAAGAAGCGCUACGGGCGUUCAAGACUCAGUUGGCAGAACUUGAGUGGAAGUCGUUAGCAGGCUUCCCUGCUACGAUAGACUUCUACGGAGACGGAUCACUAUACAUCAUCGAUGCGCCGGGCCACCUUUUCGGACACGUCAAUCUUCUCGCUCGUACAGGACCAAAGAAAUGGGUGUACCUUGGCGGCGAUUGCUGUCAUGAUCCGCGCAUUCUGGCUGGCGAGAAAGGUAUUGCGUUGUAUGAUGACGGGAAGGGCGGCUUAAGAAGUGUACAUGCUGAUACCGAUGCAGCAGCGGCUACUGUAGCAAAGAUCGCCAGGUUCUUGAAGCAAGGCAAUAUUAAACAAGAAGGCGAUGAAGACGUAGAAGUGGAGAUUGUGGUGGCGCACGACAGUGGUUGGGCGGAAGCGAACAAGACGAGAUUCUUACCAGGACACCUGUAG